AUCUGCGACGAGCAUAAGUAUAUAAACCACGCAUCGGUUUCCUCUCAUUAGCCUUCCCGUGCAUUCGAAUUCUCAGGACCUGCUGGACUCUCCACUUCAAGUCUACGUUAAGAUGCACUCCCUAAAGGUUCUUUUGUGUGUCGUGUGCUUAACUAUUGGCUUUCGUAAAGCCCAAGCAGCGCUGGGUGGAGGGACAUGCACCAUUCCUGCCGUAGGUGGCGGUCCUGGAGCCACCACUGUGUGUACAGCUGCCGCCAAUGGCUUCUGUCUCAUAGACCAUUUGACGGUCACAGGAGCCGUCACAGGCGUAACUUACGAUAGCGUGUGUGUCUGCUACUAUGGAUACAGCGGACCGCAAUGCGCUAGUAAGAUUUGUGUUUUUGGGAGAGAGAGAGAGGGAGAGAGAGAGAGAGAGAGAGAGAGAGAGAGAGAGAGAGAGAGAGAGAGAGAGAAAACAGUUCAUACCUACCUUUCAUGUGUGUUUUCCCCAUUACAGCCGCUGAUCCCACCGCCACCACCAGCACAACUUCCUCCUCCUCCAACACCAACAGCGCUGUGGCAGCACUGGCGCUGGGCGGCCUCGGCGCUUACUUCCUCUCACAGUUGGGCCAGGGGCAGAGCGCCCUGGGAACAGGCUAUGGAGCAGACACAAAUGCCCAGGAAGCUCUGUAUUUACAACAGGCAGGACUGCCUAUCGGAAUGGGUAAAUAAAGGAAUGGAGACCUGUUAUGGCCAGGGAAGGCCGCCGUCACCAGUGCCCCCAAUAUGACUAUCUACUUAUUGUGUUUUCAAAUCUUAAUAAAUUGAUGUUUGCAAAAAUA